AUGGGUCCUUCACCCCCUUGCCUCGUUAACCUAUAUUCUCAAGCGUAUUACAAUCAAAUUGGUUACAAUCCAGUUAUGGAUCGAACUUGGACUGAGUCUCAACGUUUGGCGUUAGUCCAAGCCCAAAUUCAAGCUCAAAUGCAAGCUCAAAUGGCGUUUGACUUUCACCACCACCAACAACAAAGACCAAGAACCUCACAACCGUCAUUGAUUAUCAAUGAAAAUGUCCCGGACAAAGAUAGUGUCGCGUCUGCCGAUGAUGAAGUUGUGGAGGUGGGUCGUGGAAAGAGACGCGUCACAAAACUGAAAGAGAAAAGGAACUGGGAGGAUGAUGAUACACUGUUGUUAGCACGGUGUUGGGUGCAUUGGUCACAGGACCCGGUGGUGGGUAAUAGUCAGACGGAGGGUAUUUUUUGGAAAAAAGUGGUGGAGAUGUUUAACAACGAAACACAAUACCCACCACGUACGAAGAGCCAAAUACAUGGCAAAUGGAACAAGAUUAAAAAAGGUGUUAAGGCAUUUGGUGCGGCGUUGAAGAAGGUUAGUGAGCAUGACCGACAAAGUGGGGCGGAUGAGCAACAGGUGGUGGAUGCGGCUGUGAAACUAUACAAGAAACAAACAGAGGAGAAAUAUUAG